AUGGAGUUCUGGGGCACCCCCGUGCGGCUCGGGUGGCUGAGUGCUGAGCCAGCGCGUGCAGCGUCGAAUUCGUACAUAGUUGCAGCGUGUUGCAGAAUUCGACAGCUGUUGAUCGAAGACGCCUACGGCGAAUCACCGCCGCCCCCUCUGCGUCGUGCGAUGCAGGGUUCUGUUCUCGAUGCCUCUCCGUCCUCCUGCUCUGGGGCCUGGGUGCACUGCAGCGCGUGCCUCGCGGCACGGUGGCGGCUCAUCUUCGUCUGCUGCAGCCUCCAGCGAGUGGGCCUCCCGCCUCCCUUUCUUUGUGUAUUUUGA